AGGCCUAAAUCCAGAUUGUUCUUAAGGGGGCCAUCUUCCCCAUCCUACCCUGCUGUAUGUUUAAUGUUAUCAAACUUAAAAUUAAAUAUUUUGAGACAAUAUGUUAUCCGUAUCAACAUUGAAAAUACAAAUGUUGCUCGAAACAUUUUAGUUUAUGAGUCUAAUAUAGGCCUAAAUGUAUUACAAAACUCAAAGCGUCGCUCAUGAUGUUCUCCACUAGGUGGCGUCGAUGUGUACACUUCAUCACACGUGUCACGGUUGUGUUUGGUUUAAUGUUAACAGUUCGCCAGCCCGACCCUGUACAACAGAAUCACGGCGCUGUGACUUCAGUGAAGACGACUGUGAAUCCUCAGACUGUAUUCAGGUGAGAUAACCUGAUCGCUCGCCAGGUGCCAUGAAUUGGGCUUUCCUUCAGAAUCUCCUGAGCGGGGUCAACAAGUACUCCACCGCUUUCGGUCGUGUCUGGCUGUCCAUAGUCUUUCUUUUCAGGAUCAUGGUCUUCGUUGUUGCUGCAGAGAAGGUGUGGGGCGACGAGCAGAAAGACUUUGCAUGUAACACUGCUCAGCCUGGCUGUCACAACGUCUGCUACGACCACUUCUUCCCGGUGUCCCACAUACGACUGUGGGCGCUGCAGCUCAUAUUCGUCACCUGCCCAUCAUUACUCGUGGUCCUGCAUGUGGCGUACCGCGAGGAACGCGAACGCAAGCAACGCCUGAAGUACGGUGACGACUGUCAGCGAUUGUACAUCAACACUGGAAAGAAGCGCGGUGGUCUUUGGUGGACGUACGUCCUAUCGCUGGUAUUUAAGAUGGGAGUGGAUGUGACCUUUGUGUAUCUGCUAUAUCACAUCUAUGAGGGCUAUGACUUCCCCACCAUGGUGAAGUGUUCUGAGUCUCCCUGCCCUAAUGUGGUCGACUGCUUCAUCUCUCGACCCACAGAGAAACGAAUAUUCACCAUCUUCAUGGUGGUGUCAAGUCUGGUGUGUAUCCUGCUCUCGCUCGUCGAGACACUCUACCUGGUGGGCAAACGCUGCUUUGAGUGUGUCCACAGGGUGCAGGGGUCACGGCAGGUAAACAAGGCAAGGUCCAUUGCAAACUUGAGGGGCUCAAAUAUUCUUUUGGAGACAAACAGCAAGAAACUGACGAGGAAUGACCAGCCAGCACCAGCAUACAGUGUGGUCAUCUCAUCUUAAAGAAAAUAUGAAAAAAAA